GGCAUCGUACUUAAAUACAAGUUGUACUACUUCUAGAAUUUACUACGGAUUACUAUAUGUGUCUACUUUUGCGGUUAAACGUUCAUGCCGCUUAGUCAUGCCGAAGCUUCGAGUGCAUUCUAGCACUAACUCGGGAUUGCUAUCCCAACAGUUCAUGAAUCCCUCUUAUAAGUCAUUCGGUUUCACUGUUCUUUCACUUGACCUUCACCUCCUCGAUAACGCGACAUAUACUUGAAUACUCCCCUGCCCCAUAAAUAUUCCCAGAUGCCAGCUGCGAAUCGUAUAUCACACUUCCCAGGGCCGCCCUCAUACCCUCGCGAUCGCGCAGACAAGAACUUGUUUGACUGUAUCGAGCAGACGCUCAAAGAUUUGGAUCAGUCCAUGAAGAACCACUGGAUAGGACCUAUGCCACCCGAAGAAUUCAUCUCGAUCUUACCUUCUGACACGCGAUUCAGUCAAGAAUACUUGGGAAUUUUUGAUUCUUUGCCUCAAGAUUUUGCGGAUAGUCAGGAGCUGCAGAGUCUAUUUUUUCGUCGGCUGGCUUCCCUUCUUAUUGCGCCUGCCGACUGUCUAAUCGAUCAGUCCAAAAAUCGGUACAUAAACUGGGACUUUGUACUCGCUGAAGAGAAACCGUUCAACGAUCCACCUAUCACCAGCGACCGUAACACCAGCCAACAACGUCCAUGGAUUGUCGACAGUCCUCCCGGUACAUCCACUCGCGGCCGGAUGAUCGAGCAUGCUAAAGAUUUAUAUGUCGGUCAACGCAGAUCGCACCUCUAUUCUAUAUUCAUAGGCCGAACCUAUGCUCGGUUCCUCCGCUGGGAUCGCGGCGCUAUCCUCGUUUCACGCUCGUUUCCCUAUCGUCAGCAGCCGCACCUCUUGAUCGAGUUCCUGUUGCGCUUCGCCAAGCUCUCUCCUACCGAGAUGGGGUACGACAAUACUGUGACCUUGGCUUCUGCGGAAGAGGAGAUCUUGGCUCGUGAUGCUCUGGGUGACUAUCUUGACCCGCUCCUUCCUUGCCAAUUCUUCAAAGUGCAUGUCUCAGAUACACUAGGUCCCGGUUGCGAUGUUAUUGUUGGCCCGCCGAUCGCUGAGGCUGCCACAGUUGUGGGCCGGUGCACAACUGGCUUUCCUGCGUAUAAUCUGGUGACGCAUCAAGUAGAGUUCCUCAAGGAUGGCUGGCGCGAUGAAUCUAUGCACGGCAAGGAAUCUGAAUUCCUAAGAACCCUGAACGACAAUCAUGUCCGCUAUGUUCCUACACUGACGUGCGGAGGGGAUGUCCCAAGGCAUGUUACCACGAACCACGUUUAUGCAGAAGCUCUUUGGAAUUGUGGCAAUACAUCAAUAUGCAUUCGACGAAGGCAAAGGAACCUCACAAAAGAGAUUGGAAAGAACUUGACAACAUUUCAGUCCGGGAAACACCUCUUGCAGGUGACGCUUGAUGCGUUUGUUGCUCACCGAGAAGCCUUUGAGAAAUGCCGACUACUUCAUCGGGACGUUAGCGGUGGGAAUAUCCUAAUACUACCCAACGGCGACGGGAUGCUAAACGACUGGGAUCUUGCCAUCCACAUGGACAAAUGUCAAAUAGAUCGACGUCAACUAGUGCGAACAGGUACUUGGCGCUAUACAUCCACAAGGCUUUUGAACCAUCCUAGCAAGAUUAAUGAAUUGCAAGACGACUUGGAGUCCUUCAUACAUGUUGUCAUGUAUCACAGCCUCUGCUAUGUGCGCCACAACAAAGUCGACAGGCUGCCUGGUAUAUUGUACGAAAUAUACGAUUCGGUUCAGACGCACGAUGGCGAGGCUCAAGGAGGUUUCGGAAAGCGACGUCUCUUCGCUUCCAGUGGUGUCGAGGUCCUAGGGCCAGACUUUGCGUUCUCGAAGUGCCGUGCCCUCAAUAGGUGGUUUGUACGAGCCAUGGACCUUGCAUGGAGGUGGAUUUCCUAUGCGGCUGACGGCGAGGGGACGCCGCUUCCUAAGGAGAUGCAGACACAUCAAGAUCUCCUUGGCGCCUGGGAAGAAAUUUUGCGGGGCACGGAUUGGCCUGAAGUGGAUCAUGCACCAUACGAUCAAUCGGCGAGGAAGGCCGCACGGUCCCCGUGGAGCAAGAAUGCGAAACUUAUGGACAAGCGAAGAAUACCGCAGAACCGAUUGGUCUCGAUGCCUUAAAGGCACGGAAACCUGAAUGUGUUCGUUACUUGUCUUGUGGUUGGCAUGAGAGAAGACCUCCUGCCUCACGAGACGUUUGCGACAACCGAUGCGUAACAAUCGGUUGAACCUGUGGCAGUGAAAUGUUUGAAAUGCUGGAUCCAGUACGACGGACUAGAACCUCCACAUGAAAUACAGAGCAAUUAAUGACGCCUUGUAUAUGUCCAGGUACUGUACAGUGUUGGAUACGUAUGGAUAAAUAAUAGUCCCUUGAAGAGCCCAAAAUUUCUGUUGAAUAUAUUAAUGAGUACUACAUGUAUAAGGAAGAUCACCAAUGGGCGCGCACCUAAUUGUAAGAGAAAGACAGCCU